GCGAGAGAGUGCGGGGAACGGGGAUGAAGGAGGAAUGAAAUUAUUAUUUAUAAAUGUUCAAGUCUUUCACUCAUUAAUCAUUCGAUUAUAAGCCAAGCUAAGGGUGGAGACUAAGGUACAUUGCAAUUUGCAGCAGUUUUGUAUUUUUGUAACCAAAGAAAGAAAGAAAUCUAAGGUGCAAGAUCUAGAAGAUGACGACGAUGACAGAGAUGAGAGUACAUAUGGAUUGUGCUGGAUGUGAGAGCAAGAUUAGAAAAUCUCUCGAGAAAGUUAAAGGUGUUGAUAAUGUAGAAAUAGAUAUGGCCAUGCAAAAGGUGACAGUAACAGGAUGGGCAGACCAAAAGAAAAUACUCAAGACAGUGAGGAGAACUGGUAAAAGAGCUGAAAUAUGGCAAUUUCCUCAUAAUCCUGAGAUGAGAAAUAAUCAUAAUUAUGUCACUGAUCAUUAUUAUCAGCAGCAAGGCUGCGGUGGCCCGUCCACCUAUUACGCCGGAGAGCCGCCGGCUUCCGCCUAUAACUAUCGCAAACACGGCUGUGACAACUAUGGUCGAGCUUACAGCCUUUACAGGGGCAAUUCGAACACUUUUGGUAGCCGAGCUGGUGAUACAUUUAGUGACGAGAAUCCUAAUGGUUGUCACAUUAUGUGAAAAUUGUUGGUUGACCAAAAUUUCCCAUUCAAUUUCACUAUUUCACUUUUCUUUUCUUCUCUUUCUCCAUUCUUUUUUAUUUUCCUCUUGAACAUUGAAAGAAAAACACACAAUUUCCCUUUA